AAGUUGGGUUGGCUUCCGUCAGCAAGCCAUUGUAAUUGUACUUGUACUUGAUUCAUUCAUUCAUUCGUUCCACAUAUAGCAAUACGCCUAUCUCAACCAAAUUCUUCUGAAAUGCAAGAUUUGAUUUUUUAUCAAUAAUAAUAUGGAAGACGCUGCCUUUACGCUCUUGGCUAAGCUCCAUGACGACAAUAAUGCUAGUGAUUUUACUGAAUUCGGAUUCUGGCUAGAGGCAACUGAUCAACCAUCCAAUUCAAAUUCAAAUUCCAAUUAUUGUACGUCUAAUCAAAUGGAUUCCCCACCACCUACCCAAUCUCGGAGGAAGUUAUGGAUUGGACCAAACAACCCAAAUCCUACUACUAGUAUACCACCAGUAAACGCCAGAUUGGUGCAGGCCAUUGAAUACCUAAAGAAUUCAACCACCCAUAAUAAAGAGGUCCUCAUUCAGAUAUGGGUCCCUGUCAACAGAGGAGGUAAACAUGUACUUAUUACUCAUAAUCAACCAUACUUCCUCAACCCAAACUCCCACAGCCUAUUACAGUACAGAAAUGUCUCUCAAAAUUACCAAUUUGCUGCUGACAAGGAUUCCAACGAAUUGGUUGGCUUGCCUGGACGCGUCUUCUUGAAGAAGCUGCCCGAGUGGACUCCUGAUGUUCGUUUUUUCAAAAGCGAGGAGUAUCCACGAGUUAAUUAUGCUCAUCAGCAUAACGUUAGGGGAUCCAUUGCUGUUCCUGUUUUUGAAGCUGGCAGUGGAACUUGCUUGGGUGUGGUUGAGAUUGUAACAACUAUUCAGAAAACUCACUAUCACCUGGAGCUUGAACAUGUCUGCAAAGCUCUUGAGGCUGUUAAUCUAAGAAGUUCUGGUAUCUCAUCAAAUCCUUCCAAAAUCAAGGAUCAGGAUUGCAAUGAAUCUUACCUAGCUGCAUUGGCCGAGAUUCAAUAUAUUUUGACAUGUGUGUGUGAUACACACAAGUUGCCAUUGGCUCAGACUUGGGCCCCAUGCAUACAACAAGGUAAAGGUGGGUGCCUGCAAUCUGAUGAGAACUUUGCUUCUUGUGUUUCGACAGUCGACUCAUCUUGCUAUGUGCGCGAUCAACAUGUGGUGCCUUUUCAUUUAGCAUGUUCUGAGCAUCACUUGCUUAAAGGUGAAGGAGUUGCAGGUGGAGCAUUCAAUACAAACCAGCCAUGUUUUGCUACGGAUAUUACGGCCUUUAGCAAGGCAGAAUAUCCAUUGUCACACCACGCCAGGAUGUUUGGAUUAUGUUCUGCUGUAGCAAUACGCCUUCGAAGUAUAUAUACAGGCUCCGCUGACUUUGUCUUGGAGUUUUUCUUGCCACUUGAUUGCAAGAAUACUGAAGAACAAAAAAUAAUGCUAAGUUCACUGUCUUCUGUGAUACAACAAAGUUGCCGAAGCUUACGUGUUGUCACGGAUCAAGAAUUACAGGAGGAAAAAGAAGUUGUACGCCUUCCCAUUGGUGAAGAAGAAUCAAGAAAACCAGUCUCUUCAUCUUACAGGGAUCAAGACGCUUCUUCCUGGCUUUCCGAAAUGCUGGAUGCCCAAAGAAAAGGUAAAGGAGCUGCUGCUGUUUCAGAAAAUUUUAAGGUCACGGCAACCCCUUGGGAUUACACUCAGAGGGAAUCCAUUCAUGCAUCUACAUUUUCAGAGCCAAACCAAAAUUUUGAACCCAAAGGAGGUUCCUUCGAUUUUUCUUCUGGUACAGGAUCUCAUUCCUCAGGUGCCAAGAGAGCAGGUGAAAGAAGACGGUCGAAAACUGAGAAGAGUAUCAGUUUACAGGUACUCAGGCAGUACUUUGCUGGGAGCCUCAAAGAUGCUGCCAAAAGUAUUGGAGUUUGCCCUACAACUUUGAAAAGAAUAUGCAGGCAACAUGGAAUCACCAGGUGGCCUUCUCGUAAGAUCAAGAAAGUUGGCCACUCGUUACAGAAACUUCAACUUGUGAUCGAUUCAGUCCAUGGUGCUGAGGGUGCAAUUAAACUCAGUUCUUUCUACACCAACUUCCCUGAACUUAACUCUCCAAAUAAUCCCGGCACCAGCAACUUCUCUGCUUCUAAAAACGAUGAUCAUCUGCAGCAAGUAAAUACUCAACCUGAUGGCAGCCCUGUGACUACCACAUCCAAGUCAACUUCUUCGUCUGACAGUCAUAACUCCAGCUCAAGUUUAUUCUGUUCCAGUGGUUCAAAGAACUGCACAACGGAGGAAAACCCUGGAGGAAUGCCAAAGAGAGCACAUACAGAAACAGGAUUGCAUGAUAUGGGUCAAGAAGAAACCAAGCUUCUAGUCAGACCACAGAGUCAAAAGAUCCAAAGCAAUCACAAUUCUGUGGAACCUGUGUGUCCUUGGUCAACGAGUAGCAAUCAGGUCUUGGGUAGAUUUAAAGUAAAAGCCAUUUUUGGGAAGGAAAAAAUCCGUUUCAGCCUUCAAUCACACUGGGGUUUUCGAGAUGUUAAGCACGAAGUGAUGAGGCGUUUCAAUGUAGAAGAUGUUGGUAAAAUCGAUCUAAAGUAUUUGGAUGAUGAUGACGAAUGGGUACUUCUGACAUGUGAUGCUGAUCUUGAGGAAUGUAUUGAUAUACAUAAAUUCUCUAAAAGGAGAACAAUUAAAGUUUCCCUCCACCAUACCAAUCUUGGAAGUUCAUUUGGUAGCAGCGGUCCAGCCUAAGCAAACAAUAUUUGCUUUACAAGUGUUUCCAGAUUUGGGGUAUAUGGAGGAUUAUUGCCAGUUGCAUGCAUGUAAGUAGAGAGAAGGGCUUAUUUCACUUUCUUUUUUAGUGUUAAUAGUUGAUGCGGGAAGAUGGUCAAUCCGCCACCCUACUAGCUAUAUGACAUUCUUGCUUGCUGAUUGCACACUGCAUACCCAUUGUAUCCUCUUUUUUUUUUUUUAUAUGUAUCAAUCAAUGGGAAUGUAAUAUAAUAGAACAUACAAUUAAGAAUCAAGUGAGGUUGACGUUGAGUCAUGCUGA